AUGUCUCUAGAUGCCUUAAGACAAUUUUCUAUUAAUUCGAUUUCCAGCAUUUUGCCAUUAGAUGGAGAAACAUGUCUGCAAAUGGUUGAUCAUGUUUUGACGCUUGGAACAGAUUCAGAAAUCCAAAACUACUUUCUUCAGCUUCUAGGUGAAAGUGAUGAUUCGCUACUGUUUAUUCAUAAAUUUCUCGAGUGGAAACACGAAAUAACGAAAAAGUCGCAACUGUCGCAGAAAAAAAAGUUUAAUGACACCCACCAUGAGAAUGAAACAAAGUCUAAGAAGCAGCUGCAACCUGCGUGGGGUUCUGGUGCUAGCGCUAGUACUGCGCAAGGAGUUGACAAUAAGGGGAGAUUAUCUGGUAAGACUAAGUCUACAACUACUUCACAACUUUUGGAUGGCAAAGUGAAACCAAGCAGUAAAAAGCUGAAGAAGAAAAACCUUGAUAAUUUGAAGGACAUAGAUGCACUUUUAACGGAGUUGGAAAUAAAUAGUGACGAUCAUUCGGGCCGGCGAGUUUGCAAUUGCAUGGCUACAAGACACCCAUUAUUUGAAGUAGCACCUAACUGCUUGAACUGUGGGAAGAUAAUAUGUGCUAAGGAAGGAUUACAGCCCUGCUCAUACUGCGGUAAUGAAUUGUUAAGUGCAAGUGAAAAGUUGGAGAUCAUGCAAAUAUUGAACACUGAAAAGGUGUCUCUAGAAGAAAAGCAGCCUGAUUUGAAGAAAAAGAUAGCUGAAUCCAGCGCAAUUGCAGCCAAACAGAAAGCUAAGGCAAAGAAAAUUACUAUCACGAUGAAAGCGGGAGAAAACCUUUGGCAUGCCCAAGAUAGGGCAUUAAAGGAGGCAGAUAAAGCCAAGAAGGAGGCUGCUGAACUCUUGGCCGCACAGAAGAAAGAACUAGCCGAGAUUGAAGAACAAGCAAAGGAAUUGAAAAAAUAUGAAAGAGCACAGAAUGUUACACCGGAACUUUUAGCAGCUCAAGAGAAAUUGGAGACUUUAUUGAAUUUCCAGGCAACUGGAGCUGAAAGAACACGAAUUAUAGACAAUGCAGCCGAUUUUGACACUUCAGCGGCAUCUAGCGGUAUUUCCAGUGGAAGUAUGUGGCUUUCUCCAAUAGAAAGAGCACUCCAGUUGAGAAAGCAGCAAAGGCAGUUGAGAAAAAACAAGACCACGGAAAUGAACAGAACUGGAAGAGGAAAAAAGAUCGUUGAAAUGGUUAUUCGAAAUGGAAAGGUUGAAAUGGUGGAGAGAAAUGCUAUACCGGGAGAAGUAACCCCUUCACUUCCAAAUUCAGAAAACGAAGAUGCAAGUGAUUUUGAAGAUCAAGCAGAGAUAAGGGAAUUGGAACAAAAAAUUAAAGACAAGAAAUCAAUUGAGGACCUGAGUAUCUCCAAGAAUGUCUGGGAUUAUGAAAAGGAUUCUGAAACAUGGGAAAAGCCAGUGUACAUUGGAAGUGGUGUAGAAAAUGGCGAGGGAAGAGAAGCAUUGGGUCAGCAGUUACCUAAUAAACCAAGAGUACAAUUCUUCAAUGACUCUGAGACAAACGAGUUGUUAGUCUAG